AUGUGUACGAAGCAAUACGCACCAUCGAUGCGAUCUCUAAUCGUCGUGUCCUACCUCUCUACCUUAGUAGCAGCACAGGAUCUUGCGCAAGGAACAGCAGCAGAAAAGUUGCUUAAAUGUCAAAACGGGAGGUGGACAGGCAGAGAAAUGACCACUCGUAGAGAACUAACUAUCAAUCGUGCAUUCUGCAAGCGUUAUGAGCUGGAUGAGCAUGGCUGUGUGGGGUCCGCGUCACAGUCAGGAAGGUCUCAGACCCAAGGAGACACAACUUAUUGUUCUCCUGGUGACACUGAAUGCGAGAGAAAGAAAAAACAGUCGCAGUGCGAUGUGAUGUUCGCUCCGACUUUUAUAUACAUGAAGGAUAUGAAGCUGGGUGAUGCAAAGGAUCUAGAAGAUAUAGUGAAGCUUGCGAACGACAACAACCAAAUCUCCAAGUUUGAUAUGGGCCAAUUUGGAAACAUUCUGGGCACAUUACUGCCCAAUGUUCAUCCGUCCAGCACUUCCAGCACAUCCAACACUCAGCCAACUUUACCUCCACUUCCGCGUCAUUGA